UCCCCGCCCCCUGAUGGCUCUGGCGUCGUCGUCCUUUCAAAACAGAGAAGAUGGCGGCACUGCGGCUCGGAGGCGUGCGAGCAGCGGUGGCGGCGGCCCUUUUGCGGCCUCGCCGGGCCCCGCAGGAGGUGGCCCUCGCCGCGGGCUACCACGAGAAGGUUGUGGAUCAUUACGAGAACCCGAGGAACGUUGGCUCACUGGACAAAAGCGCCAAGAACGUGGGGACUGGCCUUGUGGGUGCUCCGGCGUGUGGCGACGUCAUGAAACUGCAAGUCCAAGUGGACGAAAAUGGCAAAAUCAUUGAUGCCCGGUUUAAGACGUUUGGCUGUGGCUCGGCAAUCGCUUCAAGUUCUUUGGCUACCGAAUGGGUGAAGGGGAAGACGGUUGAUGAAGCCUUGAAGAUCAGAAACACAGACAUUGCUAAGGAGCUCUGCCUCCCUCCAGUAAAACUGCACUGCUCCAUGCUGGCAGAAGACGCCAUCAAGGCUGCCUUAGCAGAUUACAAACUGAAACAGGGACCGAAGAGCACGGAGCCAGACAAAAAUGCAGCCAGUUCAUAGAAGCCUUUCAUGGCAACACCUGGAAGCCUGCUCUCCCACCCCACUCCUUUUGUUCCAGUUGUGAUUCAACAGUGCUUUUUGCCAUAAGGAGCCAACCCAUCACCUUAGUGCAUUUUGGAAACAUGCAAGUUAAACACGCACAACCAUGAACUCUCUUAUGUCUGACAGGGCAGGCUCAGCUUGUCACACCUUGAGCUUUUUGCUUCCACUUUAUCUCUCGUCUUUGUCUCUGUGUGCGUGAAUGAAAAGAGCAACCCGUCUUGUGAUUUUGCUGUGAGAAUUACUCUGUAAUCCUUAGCAAGUAAUCAAUUCAAGCCUGGGGUGUGGAGGGAGGGUUUGUUGGAGGUUAGUUGCCUUUGAGAAAUUAAAGCAGACUCAGGGUUGUGAGGGGCAAUGCCGCCACCCCACCCCACCCCCCUUUAAGUGUCAACAUCUUUAGUAUGAGAGAAGGAAGGUACAGUGCCUCUUGUCCUCUCCCAGAAAACACAGCACACUCCAGGACUUUUCAGGGCCAAGCAAUAAACAGAGCCUGGCAUGAGCAGCCUUGACUUGCUGCUGUAUUUCCCCAGGACAGCUUCUCAUAGCCAAAAGCAAAACAAGCCCCCCCCCCCCGACAGGCACCAGACAUAAGCAACUCUCUCCCUCUUUGUUUUCCAAGUUCAGGUUUAAAAGAAGAGCGCCUUGACCAGAUUGUUGAUGCACAAGUUUCAGACUAGUUUCAUGUACAGUGUGUGCUAUAUAAAUAUAUACAGAGAUAAUAUAUGAUUGUGUUGCAA